AUGAAAUAUCAUACUAAUCCCGAAUUCUUGGACACUGGGGAGUUCAUGAUGAAACGGAGCCUCCUGUCGAAGAGCAAGCGUGCAAUCAUUGUCCGCAGCCCGGCCGGCACCACGGAGUACCGCUGCGUGGAGUGCCCCAUGGGCUUCAACGACAAGGCUGGUAUGGAGCAGCAUUUGGCUGUCCAUAAUCAGGAGUACAGGUUUCUUUGCGGAAUCUGUGGAACUGCACUAAAACGCAAGGAGCACUUAGACCGCCAUACCCUGGAACACAAAGAAGUGCGGCCUCACAUCUGCCCGGACUGCGGCAAGGGCUUCAAGAGGAAGGAGCACCUUAACAUACACCGCACCAUACAUAGCGGGGAGAAGAACCACAUAUGCCCACUCUGCGACAAAUCAUUCUACAGAAAAGACCACCUCCAAAAGCACCUUCAAACACACAACAAAAUGUUCAUUGAACAGAACAUUUACCCCGUGAGUGACCAGGAGCUGCUCGGCAUCAAACAGGAGGUCACUGAUGAGGAACAAGACGCCGUUAUGACAGAGCCGACAGAGAACAUUUACCCCGUGAGUGACCAGGAGCUACUCGGCAUGAAACAGGAGGUCACUGAUGAGGAACAGGCAGACGACGUUAUGACAGAGCCGACAGAGAACAUUUACCCCGUGAGUGACCAGGAGCUACUCGGCAUGAAACAGGAGGUCACUGAUGAGGAACAGAACAUUUACCCCGUGAGUGACCAGGAGCUACUCGGCAUGAAACAGGAGGUCACAGAUGAGGAACAAGCAGACGACGUUAUGACCGAGCCGGCAGAGAACAUUUACCCCGUGAGUGAUCAGGAGCUACUCGGCAGGAAACAGGAGGUCACUGAUGAGGAACAGGCAGACGACGUUAUGACAGAGCCGACAGAGAACAUUUACCCCGUGAGUGACCAGGAGCUACUCGGCAUGAAACAGGAGGUCACAGAUGAGGAACAAGCAGACGACGUUAUGACCGAGCCGGCAGAGAACAUUUACCCCGUGAGUGACCAGGAGCUACUCGGUAUUAAACAGGAGGUCAUUGAUGAGGAACAGGCAGACGACGUUAUGACAGAGCCGACAGAAACCAUUUACCCCGUGAGUGACCAGGAGCUACUUGGCAUUAAACAAGAGGUCACUCAUGAGGAACAAGACGCCGUUAUGACAGAGUACCCCGUGAGUGACCAGGAGCUACUCGGCAUUAAACAGGAGGUCACAGAUGAAGAACAAGACGCCGUUAUGACAGAGAUUUCCGACGCGGGCCUGGGCCAGCCAGCGGACCCGGAGCGGCCCCACAUCUGCCCCAUCUGCCACAAGGGGUUCAAGCGGAGAGACCACCUCAAGCUGCAUAGCGUCAGCCACCUGGCGAGGGACAAGCUCUGCCCACACUGCGGGAAAGCGUUUCGAACAGACGACCAGGUGAAUAACCACAUGAUAACACACGUUAAACUGGACUCCCCGGCCAGCGAGGAGCCCUGCCUGAUGGAAGACGAAGAUGUACAGCAAGAAGAAGACUCCCUCCUGAUUCCCCGCGUGUCGAUGCAAGAGGGCGAGCGCACGUACUACUCGGCGACGGAGGAGCGGCCGUACUCGUGCGCGCUGUGCGGCCGCCGCUUCAAGCGCAAGCAGCACCUCAAGGUGCACGCCAACGUGCACGCCAGGAACCAGCCGCCCACCAUCUGGUGCUCCAUAUGCAGCGAAGGUUUCUUCAACAACAGCCAAUUCGAGAGCCACGAGUGUAUGGGCGCCGACCCCGACGAGACGCCGACCAACCAGGAGAACAGCUACCCCACGCACGACAAUGUUGAGAUAAUGAACGUGCCUAUAGUGACGGAGGAGCCGGAGCCGAGCGGGCUGCCGGUGCCGCGGCGCGUGUUCGUGUGCAAGUUCUGCGCGAAGCCCUUCAAGCGCAAGGACCACUACCGCAUCCACUUGCACGUGCACACCGGCGUCAAGUCAUUCUUCUGCGAGGACUGCGGGAAAGGCUUCUACCGCAAGGACCACCUCCAGAAGCACUCGCAGGUGCACACGCGGACGAGGCCGCCGCCGCCGCGCAGGCCCCGCAAGGAGAUGCCGGAGCUCUACCCCAUACACAUGUUCAAGACGCCCGACACCAGGGCCAGCGUCAAGCCGGAGAUCACUAUCACUGCGCCAUCGAACACAAAACUACGAGUGCCGCUGCAAAUCAAGGUGCCGUACCAAGUAGUGACGUCACUCGACAACGGCGAGCAGCGCGUCACCACCGUCGACCCGCGCGACCUGCUCUCCUGAUACGAGCUCAUGUACGGUUAGCCGAGAAUGAAUAAUAAUAUAACAUAGUAAAUGGUCAAGCUACACCCCGCUCUGAAUGAAAUUACCUCACCCCGCGGCGGCAAAUUGACGAAGGGUCGGUUGUACGAAACCGUCUCACCGCUAAACCGUUCGCUAAAUUUUAUUGUACGGGAAAUUUCAGAGAUCUCUGCUGCGUGACGUUGAUCAGUCUGUUAACUUUGGCUGGUGCAACUCUCCCUAAGACUGACCGAAUUUUAGUUCGAUUAGCAACGCGAUGAUGGAACGUGCGGCUA